CGGAGGCGGCCCCGGCCGGGGCCCGUGACCAUGGGCAUCGCCGAGUCCACGCCGGACGAGCUGCCGUCGGACGCCGAGGAGCAGCUGCGCAGCGGCGAGCAGCAGCUGGAGCUGAGCGGGAGGCGGCUGCGGCGGCUGCCCAGCGCCGUGUGCGCGCUGAGCCGCUUGCAGAAGCUGUACGUGAGCGGCACGGGGCUGCGCGAGCUGCCCGAGGAGAUCGAGGAGCUGCGCGAGCUGCGCAUCCUGGCGCUCGACUUCAACAAGCUCGAGCGCCUGCCCGACGGCCUGUGUCGCCUGCCGCGCCUCACGCGCCUCUACCUGGGCGGCAACCGGCUGCUGGCGCUGCCCGCGGACUUCGCGCAGCUGCAGAGCCUGCGCUGCCUCUGGAUCGAGGGCAACUUCCUGCGGCGCUUCCCGCGGCCGCUGCUGCGCCUGGUGGCGCUGCAGUCGCUGCAGAUGGGCGACAACCGGCUGCGCGCGCUGCCCGCCGAGCUGCCGCGCAUGACGGGCCUGCGCGGCCUCUGGCUCUACGGCAACCGCUUCGAGGAGUUCCCGCCCGCGCUGCUGCGCAUGGGCCGCCUGCACAUCCUCGACCUGGACCGCAACCGCCUGGGCGGCUUCCCGGACCUGCACCCGCUGCGCGCCCUGCGCGUCUUCUCCUACGACCACAACCCGGUCACCGGGCCCCCGCGCGUCGCAGACACCGUCUUCCUCGUGGGCGAGGGCGCGGUCGAGCGCAUGGCCGAGCGCGACGAGCCUACGCCCCGGCCGCCGCCCCGGCGCCCGGCUCGGGCUUUUGAGGAUGAGGAGGAGGAAGACCUGCUCAUAGGGGGCGGUAGCUCCCGGGCUCUGGGGCCCGCGGGGGGCAGCCUCCCCGCCCUGGAAGCUGCCCCAGGCCUGGGCACCUGAGCCUGUGCUCUGGGUGAUGGACUUCGGCCAUUCUGGGAGGAGGGGCUCCGGGAAGGUCUGCGGGAACGGUGGACCCCUACCCGGGGGCCGCGGAGGGACCACUCUGGGCAAGCCGUAGGGACAGGCAGGCCUGGGGGCCGUCUUCACAUACUCCUGUUUGGUAAGGAGACCUCUACAUGGCUGAUCUCUGGGCAGUCCUCAGCCUGAGAAGUCCCGACUCGGUCUAGUUCCCUAGAUGUCUGAUCCUCUGAUAGAGUCACGGACACCACAGUAGAGAUGUUGGCUUCCUCCUGGAAACGAGGGUCUCGGCUCUCCACUGGCUGAGUCUGGAUACCCAGGCUGCCGCACCAACCCCUUCCUCCUGGAGUCUGGAUCUCCUAGACCCUACCCUUUCCCGUGCGGGAGCCGCUACCUCUGGGGUGGUCCACACGCCUGUGCGUGUGCCUGGAGGCUUGCUGGGAGAAGCGAGCUCUCUCCUUUCCCUGCAGCCUGAACCUUCCAGCUGUCAAGUUUGAAAAGAAGCCACUGUGCCUGUAGGGCCUUCUGCGCAGAAGAGAGAGGCUCUCUGCCCUGGGAGGCUGCCCCCCAGCCUCUCCCACUGCCUGCACUCUCCAUUCCCUUAAAUGGGCACAGUCAGGGUAGCUGGCACGGCGUGGGGCAUGGGACAAGCCCUGUGUGCCUCCACUCCGUCACCAGGGACAAGCCUCAGGGGGUGAGGAGUGGGGGUCCUCUGCAAUCCCCCAGGGCCAGAUCUUUCCCAUCCAAGCAAUAAUGGGAGGAGGGGGCCAGGGCCAGGGACACUCAGGGACACUGGCGGGGCAGGGGCCCCACGCGUUAGUGUUUUCUUUAGGAUGAAAAAAAACUGGCUGUAAACAUAAAUUAUAUUUCUUGGAGAAAGAA